CAAGAAACAAGGAAUAUUACAAACAGCAGUGAAUUUUAGACAAGUUGAUCAGUCAGUGAGUGACACUCGCAUCAUCCCAAGCCAAUUUUGCGAAACUUCGCUUCGCUGUUGUCACCAACUUUUCCACUUCGUUUCGCCGCCUUUUUCCGAGCCACCACUUUUCCUUCGACCCACUCUACCAGCCGAUCCUUCCGAUGGUCAAUCAAAUUCGUCCAUCCCCCGUCGUGCGGUAGUACACAGGAAUAUUUCUCUAUCAUCAUUCUGGAUAUCUUCUCAACUUCAAUAUCAAAGUGAGAGGAAGGCCAUUUCAUCAGUUCCCUCUCCCGACAGAUAUGCGCUACAAAGCUCGAUACUAUCGGAUCGAUAGUGGAUUCGGGCCGGGGCGUCAUCAAAGUAGGCUUUACAGUGGUUUGUUUGUCGGUGUAAUUUUGUGGCGCGUGACGCUGCUCUGUGGGCGGAGGAACACCCAAAUAGCUAAGCCCUCGCAGUGGUUGCCUAAUAUUCUUCUGGUACACCGUCUGAGCGCCCAACAACUGGGACAGAGAGAAUCUUUCCGCUGCGGUGGACCGCGGCGGGACAGUAUCUUUCGCUGGCUUCUCUUCCUCAGCCGAUUUCAACUGCUCAAAUUGAGCUGCCGUUCUGAGGGUAUCAAUAAUUCCAUCGCUCUCAGAGUCGCUACCCUCAUUCAAGGGCUUCCACCUCACAGUUUGCCUCGACUGGCCACGCCUCCUACUCCUCCUCCUCUCCUUCCUCACAGUACGUGCUCGUCUUCUACCAACUGCGCCCCAUAGGAAUCCUUCCUCACCCACUUCCCCACGGCCAAUCUCUACAUCAACUCCGGCAGUUUUCAACUUAGCAGCAGCAGGCAUCUUUCCACCAGCGGAUAACCUCGCGAGCCGAAGAGCCUUGAAGUGUAAA